AUGACUGGUCGAAUCGUUAAAGAUGUAUUUAACAAAGCUAAAAGUGGAGAGAUAUUGAGAUUAGAGAACAGUGAUAUUAACCUCCAAAACAUGCAUGGCGUUUCAGCACUGAUGAUGUCUGUUAUGGAAAAUGACAUACUGGCUUUAAAAACUUUGAUAUCUGCAGGCGCUGAUGUUAAUUUAACCAAAACUAAGGUCAGAUAUACCACAGCACUGAGCAUAGCAGUGGAAAUGGGGAGAGUCGAAUGUGUAAAGGAACUGAUCAGGGCAGGAGCUUUCUUAACGUGUGAGCGAGGGUUGGAGGCUUUAAUGAUGGCGAGGGAUUACAACUUCUUAGAUGCUGUGAUUCAAGGAGAGAAAGUAUCUUCUACAAAGUCUUAUUAUGAUCAUAAAAACGCAUUCGAUACAGCUUAUAACCAUGAAUGCUUUGAUUUGCUUGUCGAUUUGAUUAACUGUGGCAUUACAAAAAAAAUAUCAUCAUUAAAAUUUGAAGACUUUGCCAGGGCAGAGAUAUUCAACGCACUGAUGAUCUCACCUAACAUUAACAUUAAUGAACGCUAUUGGGAGGGACAAACUAUGUUAAUGAAAGCUGUUCAAACUGAUAAAAUGCAUAUUGUACAAUUUCUUCUAGAAAAAGGAGUUAACAUUUAUGAAGUAGACUGGAGAGGAAAUACAGCUCUUCAUUUUGCCUACGGUGGAAAGUCUGAAAUUAUUUCUCUACUUCUGGCAGCUGGAGCUAAAGUUGAUGUCAAAAACUCAGAAAAUCAAACACCACUUCAUGUUGCAGCUAAUAAAUCAGACAAAGAAAUGAUAAAUCUUCUCAUAGAGGCAAAAGCAGAUAUAAAUUGUACAGAUAAUCGUGGCCAAACACCGCUUGCAAUUUGUGUUGAAAACUCAGAUAUGAAAACAGCAAAAUGUUUACUUCGACAUGGGGCAGAUGUCAAUAAAGGUAAUAACCACGGGGCUACUCCCCUUAUCUGGGCCGUUACAAAACAACAUGAGAAGUUCGUAGAUAUCCUAAUUCUUCACAAAGCAGACGUGAAUUAUAAACAAACCACAGCGUUAAUUUAUGCUGUAUUGAAAGUUAACAAAAAUAUAGUGUCAAAACUGGUUCAGGCUGGUGCUGAUGUUAACAUGAAGACUGCACGGUGUUAUCGAGAGAGAUAUCGCAUUCAAUAUGAUCUUUUGGAAGAGAUGAAAAACACUUUGCUGGAUACUUCUGAGCAUAACCUCACACCUUUACACAUAGCAGUUCAAACUUUUCCUCAAUAUGAAGAAAAGAAAUCAGUUGAGGUAGUCAAUGUACUGUUGAAAGGAGGGGCAAAUGUUAAUGCAGUUGAUGAGGAUGAUAGGAUUCCUCUACACAUCGCAUCAAUCUUUGGUGAUUUGGAGAUCGUAAAAUCUUUAAUCAAGGCUGGAUCAAACAUAAACGCCGUGGACAAAUUCGGAAACACCCCACUUUUCUUUUCGUUACUUUAUAAUCAUAGAGAGUUAGCAAAAUAUUUGAUAAAAUCCGGAGCGGAUGUAAACUUGAUGAGUGAAUCUCAAUGCUCGCCUUUAUAUGUUGCUGUGUUUUACAAAAAUACUGAGCUUGUUCGAAUGCUGAUUAAACAUCGCGUUCUUCCAGAUAAAGGCAGAAAAUCUGAGCUAUUGAAGGCUCUAGAAUAUAAUGAUUUAAUUGUGUCAAUACUUUUAGUGAAAAAUGGCGCUAAUGUUAACGUUAAAGACGAUACUCAGACACCUGCAUUGAUAAAAGUUUUAAAACUUGUAAAAUUUAGCAAAACGUUACGAUCACGAUACAUAGGCUUUCAGAGAAGUGAGCAAUAUUUGUUUACACUGGGACGUAAACGUGUGUAUGGUCCAGAUCCUGAUGAACCAUCGGUGCCCACAAAAGUGUUUGUUUCCAAUAAACAAAGUAUAAAAACAAAAGCUCUAAUUGAGUCCAUGCUUCAGCACGGUGCCAACCUUUCUUUAGCAGACGUUGAAGGCAACACUUGUCUGCAUGAAGCUGCUCGACAUUGCAGUAAAGAGAUAUUGGAGCUACUGUUACAUCACAAGGCGGAAGUAAAUCAACAGAAUGUAAAUGGUGAAACCCCACUAAUGAUAGCUUGUGUGAGCGGCAAUGUUGAGGCUGCAGAGGUCUUACUUAAGGCAGGGGCUAACGUGUUUUUGGUUGACAAAAAUAAAAACACGGCAUUACACCAUUGUGCACAGUAUGCAAUUGAUUUGCUUCCCUUAGUUGAAAAGCUCGUCUUACAUAGUAACCAACAUAAUAAUGACUUCAGGCAAGAAAAUACCUUGGUAAGUAAUGCCAACCGAACUGUUAAUGCACAGGAAAACGAUUUGAUUGAUACAUUACAAACCACUGAAACAAAUUCUAAAAGUGAAAUUUUUGUCAACAUGACAAAUGAUAACAAAGAAAGCGCUAUUCACAAAUUUUGCACAUUAGGGCGUCUCAACGUUGUCAAGUUUUUGAUAAGUCAAAAGUGCAAUCUAGACUCUACUACUAGCUCAGGGCAAACACCUCUAAUGAUUGCAUCAAAAAAUCAGUUCCUACCUGUUGUAAAAUGUCUGUUUGAAAACAAAGCGAGCGUAAAUAUACAAGACAAGGAUGGUGAAUCAGCACUACAUGCUGCAGUGAAAUGUUGUAAUUUCGAAAUUGUAUCAUUCUUAGUAGAGAACGGAGCUAAUGUCACCGAAUCAAAUAAUGCCGGGCAAACGCCACUUUUCUAUGCGGGAAGUUUGAAAACUAUUAAGUAUUUGAUUGAAAAGGGAGAUGAAAUAAACCGGAUAGACAAAAGUGGGGAAACGGCUUUACACUUCAAAUCUAAAUCUUAUAAUCCUUCAGCUGUUGAUGCAUUAUUAGAAUUAGGAGCAAAUCCAGAUAUCACUACAGAUGAAGGCAUCACGGCUCUAAUGUUCGCUGCCAGUGUGGGCUACAUUUCUGUCGUGAAAAGUUUAAUAGGAAACGGAGCUAAUGUUCAUGUACGAGAUAGUGAGGGGAGAAAUGCUUGCAUUUACGCUGUAAUAGGUGUUAAAAAGAAAAAAGACUGGUAUGUUGCAGACUAUGGAGAUUCUUAUAAUGAUUGUUACGGUGAUUACAUUGAAAUGUUUAGAGAAUCUGACGUGGCAGAUGAUCUCUUUGACAUUAUGAAUGUCCUGGUUACUGCUGGUGCAGAUUUAAACAUUUUGGAUAAUGAAAAUCGAUCUUUAAUUGUGUAUACUUUAUUAAAUGUAAAAAAGGAGUCGCAGAAAGAAUGCAUUCAAAAGUUUUUGAAACUUGGUGUUGAUCCUAUCCUGCAUGAAAAUCACCGGUAUUUAUUAAAUGAGUUUAUUUUGCCAGAAUGCUGGCCUUUUUUUGAAGAAAAACGUGCACGCUUUGGUCUAAAAGAUAAUUCAAAAAUUAUUUUUCAAUUUCUCCUAAUAAACGGAAUCACACUGUGUCAUUUAGUAAGCAAUUACACUCGAUUUUCUGAAUCAAAUUUUACCUGCGCUGCUCGGAACAAAAACUUUGAUUUCCUUCGUUUCUUUUUAGCCACGGGCUUUAUCUUUACAUCUGACUUGAAGAGUUUGCGUAAUGACAAAUACUUUAAAGACAAUGCUGAUGAUAACUUAGACACCAAUGACUCACUACAUGCUGAGUUAACUUUGGCCAAAAGAGAACCCUGGCCACUGGUCAAACUAGCUUUUAUUGAAGUCUCCACCUUACUUGGGACUGGGCCUAUGAGAGAAGAAAAACUAAAACAGACCAAACUCCCACCAAGAUUACAGCGAACGUUGAUGUUUCAAGAACCAAUAUCAAGAUUACCUGUAGAAGACUGGUCUAAAAUACCUCUUUGUUUUGACCCAGUACAGUACGAGACUUUACCAUGUCCUAGACCUUUACUCUACUACUGGCCUGUUGGGCAUAGGCUCGUCGACUGA